AUGCGGGGAGUGCCGGCCCAAUACGUCGACUGGUUGCGGGUCAAGUUGUCUGGGCGGAAGACUCGGCUGCAUUUUGAUGACUUCUCGUCCGACCUCUUUGAUAUCGCAAGCGGUAUCGACCAGGGCUGCCCACUUUCGGUCAUCCUCUACGCUUUUUACAAUUCUGAUCUUAUCGACAGUGCAGACACGAAGAAAGGCGAGCAUGCCGUGGGCUCGAUGGACGAUGUAGCAUUGGUGGUCACCGGCAAGACCUUUGUGGACUGCCAUGACAAGGUUCGGCGGUUCAUGGAGCGCGACGGUGGAGCAAACGACUGGUCUCGAGCGCACAACUCCGCGUUCUCCCUCGACAAGUUUGGCCUUAUCAACUGCAAGGCUCAACCGAAACGGAUUGGUCUCGGCCCGCAGCUCAAGUUGUCGGAUGGCACGGUC